AUGAUUUUCAACUUGGAAGGAUUGACGGUGUACUUCCCGUACGAGUACUUGUACCCGGUACGUUUUAAACGAGUAGAUUUUUUUACCAUUGCUAUUCUGUUACCAUUUUCUUCGUCGCGCUUCUCUUUCUUUCCGUAUCCGCGCACGAUUCAGACGACGACGUAA